AUGCAAUUCACAUACACCGCCAUCGCUCUCGCCCUGGUUACCGCCAUCUCGGCCCAGAACAACUUCGUCAUCAUGAGCUGCAACACCAGCCCCAUUCCCUGCAAGUCUGUUGGCAUACCCUGCAACAAUGAAAAUACCCCCUGGGCCUGUCCUGUCAAUAGUGACCUGGUGGCGGCCUUCGAAGCCCACUGCCGCAACAUCAAUGCCUAUCCCGAGAUUCGCGGAUCUGGCUUCACCUUGAGUGACGCCAAGCAGACAGCUGGAUGCAAGACCUAA